GUUGAACCUGGUAAUACGGUACCCAACCAACUAGCGUUCAACGCAGCCGAGAACUGUGACCUCACCUGACCUUGUUCCACUAAGGACAUACGUGAUUGACGUAAGUUCAGCCACGGUCAGGGAGUGAAGUCUUUGAUUUUCUUUGUACAAAUCAUCGUUAAAAAUGAACGGUAGUUCGAGUACGAGGAAGGCAGAUGAUCCAUUGAUCCAGAAGUUGAUCACUGAGUAUUUGCGGCUCUUGCAAAGCAGGCCUGUCCUCACGAAAGCUGUAACAAGUGCAAUUAUAAGUGCAUUGGGAGAUAUCAUAGCACAGAAGAUAGUAUCAAGUCGUGGACCAUCCCACUUACCAUAUACAGGAAUACAUUGGAGAAGUGUAGCUGCUAUAUCUACAUUUGGUUUUGUGGUCUCUGGUCCUGUCAUACAUCACAUUUAUCAUCUGUUAGAUACGUUGGUUACCAAGGAUACAAGCUAUGCCGGGAUAAAGCGAGUUUUAAUUGACAGACUGAUUUUCGCACCACCGUAUUUGUUACUAUUCUUUUACGUAGUCAGUAUACUAGAGGGCAAAGGUCAUGUUGCUUCAGUUAAAAAAAUCAAAGAGACAUUCCUAACAGCAUUACUGAUGAACUGGAAAAUAUGGACACCAUUACAGUAUAUAAAUAUUAAUUACAUUCCAAGACAGUAUCGUGUGUUGUUUGGUAAUGCAGUUGCUCUUGGAUGGACUAUAUAUCUUGCUUCAAAAAAAAGAUGAGACGCACUCCACAGAUGGAAAUGGUGCCUACAGAAGUCACAGUCUAUGAUUAUAAAUUUUUACUAAAUAAACAUAUUUUAACUAUUUUUUAAUAAUAACUAGCCACUCUCUGAGUUAUAAAAACAACAUUGUGGUAAUCGAGUAGCACAUGUUCAAAUUUCAUACACAUUGUAUAUGUCACAUGGCUCCCACAUGGUGCGUCAGAGUGACCACUAUCCUCAAGUAUAAUAAAUAAGAAAUGUUAU